AAUUAAAAGUUUUUUUAUUAUAUUUAAUUAUGUUUUAAGAAGUUUACCUAAAGUUACCUAAAUAUAUGAUUGCUUUGAAAGUGUAUCGUGUAUAAUGAUGCGUUAUUUUGGCCUUGAACUGUUUGCAUUGUAAAGCAUAACAUCAUUACGGUUGUUUUCUUUAAAGGUUAAUCAUUAAAAUCAUUUUGUAAGAUGUCUCUUUCCCCCAAUUUGGUACUGAGACGGUUAUAUUCCAAUGUUUCAACAAAAGUGUGCGCUCAAAAGUAUGUACUCACCAAAUAUUUUCAAGGAGAGCCGAAAAAGAGCGAUUUUAAAAUAGUUGAAGAAGAUCUUCACGAAUUAAAGGAUGGCGAAAUAUUAACUGAAGCUGAAUAUCUCAGUGUGGAUCCAUAUAUGAGAGCCUAUAUGAUAGGAUAUAAAUUACCUACAGAUAUGAUUGGUGGUCAAGUUGCUAAGGUAAUCGAUAGCAAGGAUAAAAAUAUUCCAAUAGGCACGUAUGUAUGUGGUGCUUUUGGCUGGCGUACCCAUACAAUAAUAAAUGGGGAAAGUGCACUCAAUAAAUCCUUAGAUUUACCUAUCACAGUCCUCCCUGACUUGAAUCCUUAUCCUGUAUCGUUGGCGCUGGGAAUACUCGGUAUGCCAGGGAAUACAGCAUACUUUGGUCUGAAAGAGAUUUGUCAGCCGAAAGAAGGGGAGACUAUUGUUAUCACAGGUGCUGCUGGGGCCGUUGGCUCGCAUGUUGGACAGAUUGGUAAAAUUUUAGGUUGUCGAGUAAUAGGAUUCGCUGGCACCGACGAGAAAUGUGAAUAUUUAGAGAAGGAACUAAACUUUGACCGCGCCUUCAACUACAAAAAGUGCAAUAUUAGAGCUGCUCUCAAAGAUGGAGCUCCGAAUCGCGUGGAUUGCUAUUUUGACAAUGUUGGGGGCGAAAUUAGUUCUACAAUAUUGUCUCAAAUGAACCAAUACGGAAGGAUCGCCGUUUGUGGUUCAAUUUCAUCAUACAAUGAUACGGCUCCUCCUAAAGCCUUGAUUGUGCAGCCUGCGUUAGUUUUCAAAGAACUUAAAAUGGAGGGGUUUAUAGUUAAUCGAUGGACUGACCGCUGGCAGGAAGGAAUCGAUAUGAAUUUGAAAUGGUUAAAAGAAGGUAAACUAAAUUACCGAGAAAAAGUUUACCAUGGUUUCGAAAACAUGGUGGAUGCGUUGGUGGGGAUUUUGAGAGGGGAAAAUACUGGAAAAGCUGUGGUUAAAAUUAAAUAAGAACAUCUUCUGUAUAACA